GCAUAGCGAUUAAAGAUUUUUUUGUGAAAAUUGAACAUUAACAAAUUAUCAAAAAAAAUUGAACUCUAAAUAUUUUCAUCUUUGAACUGUUUCCAAAACAAUGGAUAAGACGGACAAUAUGGAAACGAUGAUCAUAAAAACAACAAACAAUGGAUCGAAUGUGAUUGAUUCUAUGAUGAUUACCAACCAAGGAUUAAAUAUCAGCUAUGUGGAUUUCAUACGAGAUUCCAUCAAUUAUUUUCAUCAAAAUCUGUAUGUAUUUUUAUAUCAAGAAUUGUUUCCGAUAUUAGAAACACGAGAGCAACAACAACAAGAAAAACGAAAAAAUUAUUUCAGCCAAGAAUUUAAUUUGGAUUUGGCUGAAAUGUUGCGACAAAUAAAUCGAUUCGACAUUAUUUUUGUUAUCGUUUUGAGCAUCGCAUUGACAGUUGGACGUUAUUUAAUGACUCGAUAUGUAUUCAUGCCGAUCACAAAAAUAUGUGGAAUCGGACCAACAGAUGCAUCGAAAAUUCCAGAAAGUUCAUGGAAAUUAUUGUUCUAUCUUUUUACUUGGAUUACUAGUAGUUAUUAUAUAUUUGUUCAGCAUAGCGGACAGUUGUUCUAUAAUCCGACUAAUUUUUGGACUAAUUAUUCUAUCAACAAUCCCGUCGAUUCGAUCACUUAUUUAUUGUAUAUGGUCGAAUUAAGCUUUUACUUGCAUUCCCUUUAUACGACAUUGAUGGUCGAUGAGCGAAGAAAAGAUACGAACACGUUAAUGUUACAUCAUAUAAUUUGUGUUGGUCUGAUAUUCAUUUCAUAUUGUAACAAUCAUAAGGCUGGCUUGGUCACUUUGUUUUUGCAUGAUGGCUGCGAUAUAUUAUUAGAAGCAACCAAAUUAAUUCGUUAUUUUAAAGUUCAACAUGGCCACACAUACCAAUCCGCAGAGAUAUUUGUCAACAUUGGCUUUAUCGCUUUUCUUGUUACAUGGAUCACCAAUCGCUUGUAUUGGUUUCCGAUCAAAGUUAUUUAUAUGUCAUCGAUUCAGUUGGAACGAUUACGGAUACAUGUUCCGUUCAUGACAUUAUUGGUCAUCAUGCUUUGGAUUAUAUUAUUUAUGAAUUUCUAUUGGUUUUCGUUUGCCAUUCGUCUUUUAUACAAAGUCAUUGCCGGACAAAUUGACGAAUUGGAAGAUAGCAGAGAAUUUCAUCAGCAACAGCAGCAGGAAUCUAACGAAACUAACAAAAAAGAUGAAUGCAGAAAAUUGAGUGUUGAUAGUGGAGUUUCUAUUCGUCAUGAUUCUCGCGAUUCUAUAACGCCUGAGAAAUCACUCGAUGAAGAUGAAAAUACACAAAAAAAUUCGAAAGAACCUGGCCAACAAUAUAAUGAAUCUUUUGUCAAAAACAAAAUACAACCGAGCUACAAUUUACGGAAUCGUCAACGAUAAAAAAACAAUCUUCAAUUAAUUACAAUUGUAUUUGUUAGCAAAUUG